CGCCUCCUCCAUCCCCCCCGAGCACGCACGUACGUGGGUAAGUACGUAAACGCACCUGACCCCCGCCUGCAGGCACACAUAAAAGAGGUUGACUUAGCAAGAAAAGGGCAGCCUGCUAAGCCCCGCCUACGCGCCGCCGGAGGAUGACUGAUGGACAGCUGUCAGUGGGGGGGCACACGCGGCUGUACUGCAAGAAUGGCGGGCAUCACCUCCAGAUCCUCCCGGACGGGACAGUGUGGGGAGAGCGGGACGAUACGGACGUUCACGUUGUUUUAAGUCUCCGAGCUGUAGCUCCAGGCGUGGUGGUCAUCCAAGGGCGAGAAACGGGCCAAUUUCUGGCCAUGAGCGAUGAGGGCCGCUUGUACGCAUCACCUACCGCUAACGAUGAGUGUUACUUCCUGGAGAGGCUGGAGGAGAACCACUACAACACGUACCAAUCUCACAAAUAUCAGGAGAACAAAUGGUAUGUGGCCUUUAAGAAGAACGGCAAACCUAAACUGGGUCCCAGAACUCACAUUGGACAAAAUGCCAUCUUCUUCCUUCCCCGCCAUUUGGAUACAGACACCAGCAUGCAGUGAUCCACCACAGAUGGAUGCUGGCUUUCCAACAAGUCCUUUUCAGAGAAAGUGGCCUUCUAUUUUCAUUUUAUCCAAACAAAUAUGACAAAAAUGUCAUGUCAAUCUAAUAAGUAAUUCAUAAUAGUUUUGAUUAUAUUACAUAUAUUAUUCCAACAGUAUAUGUAAUCUCUAUUGAAUUGUCUACAAGUCGUUCACUGAUGACUUUUCUGACACCUAGCGACCAUUGUGUGAAUUGCAAGCUAUUGGCUAGUGUCAUUAAUUCGUUCCAGAAGGUUCAUUUUACCCCAUAAGAAUAGUAUAAAUCAUAUUUAUAUAUUUAAAAAAAUGCUUUUAUAUUUUGUCAUCUAAGAAACCAUUUCAAAUGCAUUUAAAUGAUGAAUGAAAGGGUGUAUCUCAGGGGUGGGCAAACUUUUUGACUCGCGGGCCGCAUUGAUAUGACAAAAUUUACGGGGGGGCAGACUAUAUAUUUUACACGUAACAGUCCACCUGGUAUUAUUGUAUCUGUAAAAUUGUCAUGCAAUCUGCUAUUAUUAUUUAUUAUUUUAUAUUUAUAUUUAAAUAUUUUAAAAAUAAUAAAAUAUAAUAAUUACAAUAAAAUUAAAAUUAUAAUUAUUAUAUUAUUAUUAUGUAAAAUAUGCAAAUAUAACAAUAAUAUUAUAUAUAAUUAAUAUAAUAAUUAGCAUUAAUAUAAUAAUCAUAAUACUUCUAAUAAUAAUUAUAAUAAUCUAAUAAUCUAACAAUAACAAUAAUUAUUAUUAUUAUAAUUAUUAUUAUGUGCUUGUGUCCCUUUUUUCAGGAGCACUUUGUAAACAACAGACCAUGUCAAACAACGAAAUUGAUACAACCAUCAAAAGGUUGGCUCAGGCCAUGAUGCCAGGUUGUAUGUUGACUUUAAAUGAAAUACUUUGGAAAGAUUGGGCGGGCCGUAUUCAAACACUUGGCGGGCCAGAUGUGGCCCCCGGGCCGUAGUUUGCCCACCCCUGGUGUAUCUCAUCUCAAUAAUCCAAAAUGGAGGUCAUGACAAAACAUGGUGUCCGUGUUGUGUCGGUCACAUCGCGUGUUCGGGUACAUUUACAUCAAGUAUCACGUCUCCAGUGAAGGUAAAAAUAACGUUAAAAGUUCACUUAUCCCUUUCAUUCUCCAUUUAUAUGCAGCAUUUCGAAUUUUGUUUUCAUACAGGCUACAUAUCUGACUUCCGGUUCUGUUUGCCAAGCUAGCAUGUCAGUCAGUAUUAACAUAAGAGGUGCUAUAUUGUGCUCAAAUAUGGCGUAAAUUUUCAGCGGUUAUACUGUGUAUAUAUAUUUAAAUAAUACAUAUUUCUAACAUGAUAACCAUAAGUAUAAAUUACUAUGCAGGUAGUCUUACUGCUUGAUAUUUAACAUUCACAAUGGUUAGCAUUUCCUCAUAGCUAAAGGCUAACCAGUUAGCUAACACCUCACAACGUAGACAUAAGAAAAUAUCAAAAACAUCACUUUGUCUAUUAUAUAACUGGUCAAAUAAAGUGUGAAUUGAAUGAACAAGUAUAUUUAUUAAUGAUGUACUCACUAAUUUAUUAAUAUUAAACAUUCACAUAUUUAGACUUAGCAUCUUUGUAUAGCAACAGAUUAACCACUUGGCUGCAAACGUAGUAAACAUACGCAAAAAUACCCCAAAAAAAACCCAAAAAAACCCCAAAACAUCACAUUGUGUAUGAUUUAUCUUCGCAACCAAGAUGUGAAUGGACUAAAUAAAUAUAUUUACUUAUAUUGAAUGCACUUGUUUGAAGGUAGAAUAGUAAAAAGGCGACAAAGAAAGUAAUUAGAAGUGACAUUUAUUGAAGUCGAUAUUUUCUGUACAGUGCUAUGAGAAGCUAACUCAAAAGAUGCAACUCUACAUCACUUUUAAACGAGCAUUAAAGCCAUGACACAAGUGUGGAGGUCAUAUAUAACGAUGGCUCAUUUGGAUUUUGUUAGUCAUGUUUCUAAAAGGUGUGCCUGCAUCCAACAUUGUUUGAUAAUAGUUUUGCUUAAGCCAGAAGGAAUUCUUUCCCACACUGUUGAGUCACUUUUAGCUACCUUCCCCCCCCCAAAACUGAGCGUCCCUUUAUCUUAAAAAAAAAAAAAACACCUUUUGUUGCUUCUGGACUCAAUAAAAACAAGCAAAAAUCACCAUGUCUGACAAUGAGGAUGCAAUUAGCUCACUGCGCUUUUGUUCUAUGAAACACAUGCAUUACAAGCUUGUACACUACAUGGACUUGAAAGUAUUAGAAAUACAUCUUCAUUCAUCUUAAUUAUUCACAUGGAUCAACUAGAACUGAGAUUUUCACUUCCUGUAGAGUAGGGGUGUCCAAAGUGUGGCCCGGAGCCAUUGCCCUGCAGCAUAACAGAGAAACAAAAAAUGUGUAUACAUAAUGUUUCCAUACACCAGCAUGAUAUUCGGCUAAAUUAUUGUUAUUAAGUGCAGUAGAAAUUGGCAUGGGACAUUUUUUUGUUAUGGCACAGAAAACCUGUUUGUGAUCUAUGUACGGUUCUUAACAUUAUUAGAGCCCUCCAGGCAUGAAAUAACACCCCUAUAGUCACCUUUACACUUGUAUUACCAAAUAUAGUAGAUAAAAUCAGGGUAUAUCAGACAUAUUGGACAUAAUUAAGAUAACAGACACAUGUUAGCAGUUACUUAUUUUUUCUGAACAGCUAUUGUCGCAUCAAUGUAUUGUAACAGAGGUUCAGAGUUGAGUUUGAGCUUGUCUAGGGUUAUGGUCCAAACAAUAACACGUUUUAUUAUUAUGAUAUUAUUAUUAUGCCUGUUGUGAGAUUAUUUAAACUUGCAAUAAAUGCCCAUUCCGGCGAUCUAGUCUGGUGGAUUUGUAUUUAUUCAUUUAGUUUGCUAAUUUUUAUGCUUCAGAAUGCUUAAUUUAGACCAAUAAUAACAACAAUUUGGUUAUAUGUUUUUUUAAUAUAUAGGCCGUAUUCAACAACAAAAGUGUUAAUAAAAAAAAACAAUAGAGUAAGGGUGCAAUGUUCAAACUGCAAGGGAUAGUCAUGCCUUGCAGUUUGAAAUACAGUCGUAUUUUAUGUGUUUCAAAUAAUGCUUUUUGAUUAAAAAAAAAAAAAGAUACACUGUACAUUGGAUUGCAUUU